GUCGGCGCCGCCCGGAGCCGGGAGCGCGGCCGGAGCGAGGCGCGGGCUGUGAGGCCGCCCCGUGCCCGGCCGCGCUCGCCCGUGCCCGCUGUCCACCCGCCAUGCCCGGCUUCGACUACAAGUUCCUUGAGAAGCCCAAGCGGCGGCUGCUGUGCCCACUGUGCGGGAAGCCCAUGCGCGAGCCGGUGCAGGUUUCUACCUGCGGCCACCGCUUCUGCGACACCUGCCUGCAGGAGUUCCUCAGUGAAGGCGUCUUCAAAUGCCCUGAGGACCAGCUUCCUUUGGACUAUGCCAAGAUCUACCCAGACCCCGAGCUGGAGGUGCAGGUGUUGGGCCUGGCCAUCCGCUGUAUCCACAGUGAGGAGGGCUGCCGCUGGAGUGGGCCACUGCGGCACCUGCAGAGCCACCUGAAUGCAUGCAGCUUCAACGUCAUCCCCUGCCCCAACCGCUGCCCCACGAAGCUGAGCCGCCGGGACCUGCCUGCCCAUUUGCAGCACGACUGCCCCAAGCGGCGCCUCAAGUGCGAGUUCUGUGGCUGCGACUUCAGUGGGGAGGCCUUUGAGAGCCACGAAGGCGUGUGCCCUCAGGAGAGCGUGUACUGUGAGAACAAGUGCGGCGCCCGUAUGAUGCGGCGCCUGCUGGCCCAGCACGCUGCCUCCGAGUGCCCCAAGCGCACCCAGCCUUGCACCUACUGCACCAAGGAGUUUGUCUUUGACACUAUCCAGAGCCACCAGUACCAGUGUCCGCGCUUGCCUGUGCCCUGCCCCAACCAGUGCGGCGUGGGCUCGGUGGCACGGGAGGACCUGCCUGGCCACCUGAAGGAGAGCUGCAGCACGGCGCUGGUGCUGUGUCCGUUCAAGGACUCCGGUUGCAAGCACAGGUGCCCGAAGUUGGCGAUGGCCCGACACGUGGAGGAGAGCGUGAAGCCGCACCUUGCCAUGAUGUGCGCCCUGGUGAGCCGGCAGCGGCAGGAGCUGCAGGAACUGCGGCGGGAGCUGGAGGAGCUGUCAGUGGGCAGUGACGGCGUGCUCAUCUGGAAGAUCGGCAGCUACGGACGGCGGCUUCAGGAAGCCAAAGCUAAGCCCAACCUCGAGUGCUUCAGCCCAGCCUUCUACACGCACAAGUAUGGCUACAAGCUGCAGGUGUCUGCGUUCCUCAAUGGCAAUGGCAGCGGUGAGGGCACACACCUCUCGCUCUACAUCCGCGUGCUGCCAGGUGCCUUUGACAAUCUUCUCGAGUGGCCGUUUGCCCGCCGUGUCACCUUCUCCCUGCUGGAUCAGAGUGACCCUGGGCUGGCCAAGCCACAGCACGUCACUGAGACCUUUCACCCCGACCCAAACUGGAAGAAUUUCCAAAAACCAGGCACUUGGCGGGGCUCCCUGGAUGAGAGCUCUCUGGGCUUUGGUUAUCCCAAGUUCAUCUCCCACCAGGAUAUCCGUAAGCGAAACUACGUGCGGGAUGACGCCGUGUUCAUCCGUGCCUCUGUUGAAUUGCCCCGAAAGAUCCUCAGCUGAGUACAGACGGGGCUCCCCGAGAAAGGGAGGGGGGAUUGUGACCUCAGUUAGGAACUGGCUGAACCCAGAGAGGGGGCCGGACCCCCUUUCAGCCUCUUCUGCUGCCUAGGUUCUAUUCCCUUGCUCCCCCUCCCGCCUUCCAUACCACCCUCAGGUGCCUCCUAUUGGUGCUUCAGCCCUGGCCCCUGGAGGGGAGCCAGUCUUGGGGUCAUCAAGGGCUUGGAAACAAGAGAUCCCAGGGUCUUUCUCCUCUCCUGGGCAGGGAAGAAAGACAUGCCUUGGUGCCGGUCACACUCUACCCGGGACUGAGGUGCCUGCUGGUGCUAUGUCCCAAGAGCCAUAGUCAGGGGGUGGGAGGUGGGAGAGGGAGGGGUAGUUAAAAAAAUCUGUCUUGAGAUCUGAUUUCUCUUCCCCUUUCCCCAGCUGUGCCUCCCCUGGUUAUUUAUUACUUAGUGCCAGGGGGGCACGGCAGGGGAGCCCUGGUUUUUAAUAAAUCCUGAAUUGUAUUUAUUAA